AUGGCGGGUGUCAAUCAUACUGCUGCCUCUAUGGCUGCUGCCGAUAACGUGCCUGGUCGCAAGCGCAAUGUCACUCUUGCGGGGAUGGAUAGUUCACCGGGCAGUAUCGACGACGCCGAUGAUAACGACCGUGAUGACAAGAGGCGACAGCCUGUAAAGCGCGCCUGUAACGAAUGUCGUCAACAAAAGCUUCGAUGCGAUGUCAUUCAAGACCCUUGGACCGAUUGUUCCAGAUGUCGUCGACUAAAACUCGACUGCAAGAUCGAGUCUAACUUCAAGCGGGUUGGAAAGCGCAGUCGCAACGCGGAAAUGGAACGAGAGAUCAUCGAGCUCAGGAAGCAAAUUGCUACCGCAAAUUCUGGCCCAGGCACCUACCCACAACAACCACCACUAGCCGCAGGUCAAGUGACGCCUAAGCAAGAAUCGAAUCAAGUCAGCCCCGCCGGUGUUUACCAGACGCCCUCAGCCAUGUCGGCGGAUCAGUACAUGGGCUCUCAAGAAGCGGUCGCGUCGCUGCUUGAUUUGCGUUCGGGAUUCGAUGGCUCCAACUACAUGCGGAACGGCAAUCAUCAAUUCAAACGGAUUGAAGAUGUAAUGGUUGUUCCGGAGAAAGCGACGGAACUUUUCAAUCUGUUCUUUACGUAUUACCAUCCGUUUCUUCCUUUCCUCAACCGGGCACAGACCCCCGAUGACUACUAUACCGCCUCACCUCUACUUUUCUGGACAAUCAUCAGCGUUGGAGCUAGACGGUACCAAAGUGAUUCGGGCCUGUUGACUUCCCUCGCUGGGCCUGUCACCCGUCUCGUGUGGAGUACAUUGGCAGAUAUCCCCCAAAGCUACCAUGUCGUGAAGGCGCUCUGCCUGCUCUGCUCAUGGCCCUUCCCAACAAGCAGUACUUCUACGGACCCGACAUUUAUGCUUUGUGGAAUGAUGAUUCAGGUCGCCAUGCAGCUUGGUCUUCAUCGCCCGUCGCACAGUCAAGACUUUAGCAAAUUCCGCGUGGAGCUUAUCGAGGAGGAAUUGAGGGAUAAGGUGCAAACCUGGGCUAUUUGCAACAUUGUUGCGCAACGUGUAUCAACUGGUUACGGCCAACCUCCUUCAACGCUUUACGAUUGGACGUUGUCGAGUGACUCAUUGGACCCUAACUUCAAGUUGCCUGCAGAUAUCAGGCCUAGAUUGGAGGUUGAGAAGUUCUGCGACAAAAUCACCAGAGCCUUGUACAGCAACCGGCGAGACCCCGUCGGUCUGACUACGGAUCAGGAAAGACACACAAUGAUUUCUUUCCUUUCGCGUGACUUUGAUGAGCUCGAGGAGCAAAUGAAAGCGCAAAAUGAUUCCAUAACCAAUCUGUAUUUGCGUGCCUCGAACCUGCACUUACACCUAUCCGCAUUUUUCGAUGAGCCUUCAGCGAAAGACUACCGCGAGCGUCUGCUCUCCCUAUACGUUGCAACCACAUCAUUCCUCGAAGUUGUCAUGAACCUUGAAACGGACGUCGGACCGGUUCUCAGCUAUACCCCCUAUUACAUUUACCAGAUGAUGGUUGCAGCCGGCUGCACUCUUCUCAAGUUGAGUAAGAGCUUUUUCUCAUCCCAUAUUGAUAUGGAAUACACGAAAAAUCUGUUCAAUCGUACUAUCUGGGCCAUUCGCGGCGUGUCUGUUUCCAGCAAUGAUUUGCCUGAACGUCUAGCCGAGGUGCUCGCCCAGAUGUGGAGGCUUGGAGGCGGAACACAGCGAUCGACUGGAAAUACUACCGAUGUGGAUGAUUCGUUGAGAUUGAAGGUUCGCUGCCGGAUGAGCAUGUCUCUGCUUUUCGACUCGGUAUGGCGAUGGCGAGAGGACACGCGGACUAAAGGCCGGAACAUUGAAGCAUAUCUCAAGAACCCAACGAACCCAGAUUCCGCGGCGGAUUCCUCGGCCGCAUCUUCCGUUGGCCUACCACGAACCCAGUCAUCCACGCCUGGAAUUUCCGGUGGUGACCCAAGCCUUGCACCUGCACCAAUGCUAACGCAGCCAAGCCUUGGAGUCCAAGCACCAGGUAGUAGCGUUGCUGGACUUCCGAGCGGGUUCAUGGAGCCGAACUACGAGGUAUUCGACCCGCUGAACUGGCUGCUCGAUGGUUUGGUAGAUUUGCCGUACUCAUACUCCACGAUGGGCGGCAUCGAGCCGCAAAGCAUUGCAUAG